UGAAGUUUUCCACUGAUUUUUUAGGGGAGCCAGGAAGCGGGAGGGCGCGUACACAAUAUUUGCUCUGUUUAGAGAGCAGGGUAUCCCUCCGUGCCUCUCUCUCUCCGCUAACCAACAAUUUGGUCCAGUAGAAGUUGGGAGCGGCGACAUGCAGGCUGCAAAGACUGCUGUUCUUCUUCUCAGGUCCAGUCGUUCUCUGUCGAGAACGGAAAGCUCCCCAUACGGGCACGUUUCCAGAGCUUUCGCACAAUCGGCACUGUCCUCCACUACCACUCACCUCAACGAACAGGAUAUCACUGAUCGAGUUAUCGAUCUUCUCAGAUCCUCACCAUUCAUUGAUCCUGCCAAGGUGAACUCUGCUGCGGAUUUUAAGAGUGAUCUGCAGUUGGAUGUGCUCGAGAGUGUCCAAGUUAUCACAGCAGUAGAAGAUGAAUUUGCCAUUGAAAUCCCGGAUAUUGAGGCAGACAAUAUCUCAAACACCUCUCAACUCAUCCAAUACAUCUCAACUCAUCCACAAGCCAAAUGAAGCUGCUGUUGUUCCAAUUCUGGAAAUCACAGGUUUGUAACAAAACCUUUGGACUCAGAGGGUUCCCUUUUCAGUGUUUUUGUUCAGUAAUGCGUGCAUAAGGAAUGCUAGGCUAUAUAUUCUUCAUUCUGGAGCUCUGUUUAUCUAAGCCAGAAUUUCUGCGGUAUUUGAAAUAUACAUGUUUUUUGGAUUAUAAAUACGUUUAAAUACUGCCUUUUCCAUUUGAUGCUUGUGAUUUGGCUGUUUGGCGCAA